GAAGCUAGUCACACAAUUACUGUACUGUACUGUACUGUACAUCUACUGCACCCAAUGGCUUCCAACGUCCUUGGCGCCCGCGACACCAACGCGCACAUGCGGCCCAUGCGCUCGCCAGAAAAGGCCGACAUGAAGAGCCUCGACUAUCAUCGCCAGGUGCUCCAGUCGCGCCUCAAGGAUAAGCAAGAGCCCAAGUACGUGUCGCCAUCGGACGACAUCAUGAGCCCCGCCACGCAGAAGCUGCAGGCGUUCAAGAACAAGCACGCCAUGAAGAAAUCGAAGCCACAGACGCUGUUCAAGAAGACGAGCUCCAAGAACCUCGAGGCGGCCAAGAACAGCGGCAAGCUCGAGUUUGCUGAUAUUCCCAAGCGGGAAGCGGACGAGGGGCAGGCAGAGACUGGAAAUGUCGCCAAGCCCCGCCCUGUACCCGUCCGCUACUUAGCUGCGUCUCCUUCUCGACCCACAAAAAUGAAGGCACCCCAACACCAACAAGACCAAGACGCUCUCCACGACGAGAUUGCCGACCUCGAGAGGCGUCUGCACCAUGCAAAGGCCCGCCUGAACCCCGCCGCCCCCGUCGCGACGCCGCCGUCGCCGCUGAGUGAAGCUGGCCAUGUUCCACGUCACCACCCAUGGGCCGCUACCAUGGACCACGACACGGCUCUCCACGCCCUCCUGCUGCUUGCCGACUCGGCCCUCCCCUUAGGAUCGUUUGCCUUUAGCAGCGGCCUGGAGUCGUAUCUCGCCCAUCACAAGCCCGUGACGCCUUCGGCCUCGCAGCUGCCGGCCUUUGACACGUUCCUCCGCCUCUCGCUCUCGACGCUUGCCAGCACCUCGCUCCCCUACGUCCUCGCCGCCUACCGUGACCCGGAGCUCCUUGAGUCGCUCGAUAAUGACUUUGACGCAAGCACCCCGUGUACCGUUGCCCGGCGUGCGAGCAUAGCACAGGGACGCGCCCUGCUGGCCGUUUGGGACCGUAGCUUCCGCGCCCACUACGACGCCUCCAAGCAUCAUCCAACCGAAUUUGGCCCAAGCCCACAGGACGAUGCUGUCAGGGCACUUGGGGCCUUUUCCGCUGCCCUCCGCACCUCGGAGCACUUGAAUGCGCACCUCGCCCCCCUGUGGGGCCUCGUCACGAGCAUUCUGCAUGUCCCGCUGCAGCAAGCCGCCUACCUGUUUCUGUUCUCGCAUGCCAGGACCGUCAUUAGUGCUGCGGUGAGGGCCAGCGUCAUGGGGCCGUAUCAGGCGCAGGCGGUGCUGGCGAGCGCAGAGCUGCAGGAUAGAAUUCGUGGUCUGGUGGACGAGGGCUGGGACAGGACGGUUGAAGAGGCGGGACAGAGUGUGCCCGUCAUGGAUCUCUGGGUCGGCAGACACGAGAAGCUGUAUUCGAGGAUUUUUAACUCGUAGAUGUGUGUCGAGACAGAUAAAUCAC